CUUCACUCCUCCAUUCCUCUUUCUCCGUUCAGUAAGGAAAGAAUCCUCUCUCUCUCUCCCCCAUGAGUGGACUGAAUAUUUUUAUGUGUGCAUCUUAACUGAUCACGCUUCAUCCGUCUCCUCCUUGCUGUGCUCCUCUUACAAAAGGUGACUCCUUCGACUUUUGUUUUUCGACCAUGAACUUCUCUCGGAUUUAAGGAGUUUCCAGAUUAGGCGGCGUGAACAGUCGAUGGGUGAAACACAGUUCCAGAGGGCCAUAGAGGAGACGCGUUCUUUCAGUGAGAGACUUUCUCGACCCUCGAGGAUUGAUUUGGGUUUUGGGGCGAGCCGAACACAGGCGGGCGUGACAGAUCUGAUUAAAAAAUAGCCAACCUCUAUCCCAGUUUUUUCCCCUGGACCACGAUGGGUUCAGACGUCCGCGACCUGAACUCCCUGCUGCCCCCGCUCCCGGCGUGCCCCAGCCCCGGAUGCCCGGCCUUGCCCGUCAGCACGGCCCCCCAGUGGGCCCCCGUCCUGGACUUCCACACCGCCGCCUCCCCGUACUCCUCCCUGCCCACGCCGCACGCCUCCCUGACCGCCCCGCACACCUCACUGGGGCCGCACUCCUUCAUCAAGCAGGAGCCCAGCUGGGCGGCCGCCGGUGACCCCCACCAUCACGAAGCCGACCCCCACUGCGGCCUCAGUGCAUUCACCGUCCACUUCUCCGGCCAGUUCACCGGCACCGGGGCCUGCAGGUACGGGGCUUUCGGGGCUCCGCCGCCCCCGAGUCAGCCACCGUCCGUGGCGGCACCUCACCACCACCAGCCCCCCGGGAGGAUGUUCAGCACUCCGCCGUACCUGACCAACUGCAUGGACACGCAGCAGGGGGGACGCAACCAGACAGGCUACAGCGCGGUCGCAUUCGAUGGAGCCGGUAAUUACGGUCACACUCCUACUCACCACAGCUCGCAGUUCUCCAACCAUUCAUUCAAGCACGAAGGCGCUUUAACCCAGCAAAGUACGAUGGCGGAGCAGCAGUACCCCGUACCUCCACCUGUCUACGGAUGCCACACGCCAUCUGACACCUGCACAGGCAGCCAGGCGCUGCUGCUGAGAAACCCUUACAACAGCCACGCGACGGGCUACGACAGCGACCCCAACACCCCCAUGCUGUACAGCUGCAGCACGCAGUACCGCAUACACACACACGGAGUCUUCAGGGGCCUACAGGAUGUGCGACGGGUGCCCAGCAUCGCUCCGACCAUAGUGCGCUCAGAGAGCAGCGAGAAGCGUCCGUUCAUGUGCGCCUACCCAGGAUGCAACAAGCGCUAUUUCAAGCUGUCUCACCUGCAGAUGCACAGUCGCAAACACACAGGGGAGAAACCCUACCAGUGUGAGUUCACAGACUGUGGACGGAGGUUCUCUCGCUCUGACCAGCUGAAACGACACCAGAGGAGACACACAGGAGUUAAACCCUUCCAAUGCGAGACGUGUCAGAGAAAGUUCUCUCGGUCUGACCACCUUAAGACACACACCCGGACUCAUACAGGUAAAACAAGCGAGAAGCCGUUUAACUGCCGGUGGCCAAACUGCCAGAAGAAGUUUGCCCGGAGCGAUGAGUUGGUGCGACACCACAACAUGCACCAGAGGAACCUCACCAAGCUCCAGCUUACCAUCUGAGUCUUUUGUCAGGCCGUGUCCCAGUUUCAAAUUAAAACACCCCGGUUUCAUCUUCUUUUACCUUCUGUCUGUGGUUAUUAGUUAAACAGCUGGUGAUCACCUUUGUCCUCCAGAAACCAGCCUGGGUUUUUUAAUUUUUAAUUUUAUUUAAAAGGUAAAAAAGAAUAGUUGUUGGGAAAUGACAUAGCACAGUCUACAUAACAAGCUAAACAAGUGCAAAUUGAUCUCUAGACGGUGUGAGAUUUAGAGGAUAAGGCUGCCAAUAAUCCAUACGUUUUGUUAACAAACCCCUUAAAGGACAGACACUACUGCUGUGCAUUGACUGGAGUCACUGUGUUGAUAAAGUGGAGGUUUAUUGGCAAAAAAAGGCUGAACAUGACUUGGCUUUUAUAACAAUUUAACGCAAUAUUUGGUUUUAUGUCAUGUGGGCCAAUCCAAUACAUGGAAGCAAACAGCCCUUGUGUAUCACAUUGUAUUUCUAGUAAUUACAUGACUGUUAUUAUAAUAAGUUGUAACAUCCUUAUUAAUUGUGUUAUUAUGCAGUAUGCGAUGAUGAUGUCUCAUCAUAGACCUUCAAACUCACCGUCUCAACAAUCCCCAAAAGAACACCCCCAAAAUGCUGGGACUAUUUCCACUGACACUGGAGAUGUUAUAAAAUGGGUCACAAUCAUAUAUUUAUGAGAUUUGUUCUGUUUUUAAAGGCUUAAGCAUUCGUUUCAGAAAAUGUUCCUCAAACAGGUGUAAAUAAAAGUAAAACGUUUGUAUGUGGGUGUCAGUAGAUGAAGAUGAAGAAUAGAGCCCAUGUUUAUUGUAGGCGACGAACAAUUCUCCCAGUGCAACAGAGGACUCAUUGCUCAUGCUGUUUUUUGGACCACAGCCGAGGGCCACUGCAUCUGGGUUUGUGGCAGUGGGAAGAGACCUUGACCUGAUUUUGACCAGUGCAAGAAAAGGGCAACUUUUGUUAAUUGUUAUUGAGACACACGCGUCACCAGCGCUGAUUGAUGAGGAUUGGACAAUAGCGGUGCGCUUUCCUCUGCGGUUAGGGUGUCGAUGAAGCAUUACGUCAUUCAAUUUCACUCGUAGUCAUUAACCGAGAAAGCUCACCUCACUUAUCCUUUGAAAAACAAAUGCUCAUUUGAAUGAUAUUUUAAAAACAGAAGCCAGAAAAAACUGCAAAAAAAGUGUAAUUUCGCGAGAGAAAACAUUGGUGAGUUGUGGAGAUCAUUUUUGUAAUGUAGAAUUACAUUUGUCCCCAGUUAUUAGCCCUGUGUGAACAGCGACGUCAAAAGUCAGAUAUGCCUGUACACCUUCAAGCUUGUCUGCUGUCAAUAAAUCUUUAUAUUGAACAACUUAGGGAAGGCUAAUUUAUUAUCAUUUUGUUGUGGACAAAAACUGCUCUCACUGGAACGAUUUAAAGGGAGCGAGGUCCACUCAGUCUCUCUGCUGUAUCGCGUUUUCACACCCUCACAAUAAAAGAUAAUCCUGGGUCUGAUUUCAAAACAUCAAAGUAAGAGAAUAACCUACACUGUUUUUUAUUGUCAGGUUGGCAUUGAAAUAUAUAUUUGCAAACUUAAAUACAAAAAAAAAGAAGUAUUUUUGUUUUUGAGUAAUGGCAGGAUUGGAUUUAUUUUUUCUGUUCUGGCAGCGGUCUCAGGAGUCUCUUGUCUCUGCGGUGUGUAAAUAUUGCUGGACUUUGGCAGUGUUUUAGACUCUAAAAUAUGUCUGGUCGAACUGGCUCUGUGGCCGGGACAUUAUGGUCAAGAUGUAAAUAAUACUACUUCAACGUGGGAACUGAACUCUUUCCACGGGGAAAAACAUGUAACCAAACUGAUGUGUCUUAGAAGUGUCUCUGGAAGGCUCCAGGGAGUGUUUGUACUUUUCAUUUUUUCUGUAUUUCAUGUGUAUCAAUAUUUGAGUCAUCAAACAGCAAAUGUCAGUGAAUCAUUUUGUACUGAAACGUGUGAGAUGAAACAUGAACAUGAUUAUGGUUUCUCUCUGUUUAAAUGUACUGUGACUCUUUUCAUACAGCAUCGGUUUGCC